AUGGCGACAAACGGCCGUCCAUCCAUUGUCGGCCCAGACAGCGGCCCCUCGGCGCCGUACCCCUACAAAAUGGAGGGCAAAGUAAUUUCAGGCUUCGGCCGAGGCUCCAAAGAGCUCGGCAUUCCCACCGCCAACCUCCCCGUGGACUCGGCCCUCACCCCCUGGAUAUCCUCCAUCCCGUCAGGCGUCUACUUCGGCUACGCGUCGCUCAACCUGCCCGCGGGGCACCCGCAAAGGCCGGCCUCCUCCUCCUCCCCCGGGCCGGCCUCCUUCUCCGUCUACCCGAUGGUCAUGUCCAUCGGCUACAACCCGUUUUACAAGAACACUGUGCGCAGCGCCGAGGUCCACGUGCUGCACGGGUUCACCGCCGACUUUUACGACGCCCACAUGAGGCUGUUGAUCCUGGGCUUCAUCCGCGAGGAAAAGGACUACAAGAGCCUGGAGGCCCUCAUCGACGACAUCAAUUUCGACUGCGAGGUUGCAAAGAGCAGCCUGGCGAGGCAAGCGUGGAAGGCGGAGAGUGUGGGCGACGGGGCCGAGUGGUUGCUCAAGGAGCUCUAG